GUUAGUUUCGCUUUUAGCUGAUCAGCGAACGGUUGAGCCAUGGAUUUAUUUAGCUGUUUGCUGCUGUGCCUGGGAAUUAUUUCCCUACCCAAUGUCGUGUUUACGAUAUGCAUUCCACCCGAUCACUGCAUUGAAGAUAUGGAGGAAAGCGAUGCGAAAGAGCGAUUCGACUAUGUACUUGGCAAAUAUGAGGAGGUGGAAAUGAAAAUUCCCGGAAAACCCGUUGGUUUGCAUGGGAAAGUGGUUACGCAUGGCGAGGCGGAGGAGCAGCACUUGGUGUUCCAGUACAUGGACAAUACGCUCCAUGACAUCAUCCAGACGUGUGCGUUUGUGGUCAAGCGGAAUCCCGGUGAGUGCGAGAAUAUCCGCACCUACUGCUCGGCCUUUCUGAGCCGCCUGCCACGCCCCCUGCUGGAGCGCCAGCCCAUCAUCGUGUGCGACGAUGGGACGCGGGUGGCGGAGGAGGAGUCGGAAACGGAAGCGGAAGACAACCCGGAUGCAGAUGCUCAGGGUGAGACUGAUCCGCAGCAGGAGCAGGGAGUCGGUCAAGUGGAGACCACAACAGCGGAGCCGGCCAGCUCCAAAUUAAGUGAAUUUUACUGAGUGGGGGCAGUUUCGACUUUACAUUUGUCAGACAAUUUUACGAAUAAUUCUAAAAUAAGUGCAUGAGUAAGUGCAAAUGAGAUUAAUUUUCAAUUAUACGUUUUUAAUUCUUGCAAUGCUUUAACUUUAAGAAAAUUCCACGUUUUUGAAGAUUAUAUGAGUAUAUACAAAUUUUAGUAUUUAAAAAUUAAAUUAUUCACAUACACCACUAAGGCAAUUGGUACGUUGCGUAUACGACAUGUUAGUUGGUGCUCGGGGUUAGGUCCUUAAAGUUGUUUGAUGGAAAUUUAUAUUUAUUUAUGAAAUAUAUGUUAUUUAAUACAUGCUAUUUCCACGAGCUAGUUGAUAUUGGUAAUGUUGAUUCUGUCUAAGUAAAUUAAGUAAAUAGCUAAGCAAAUUA